CUGGAGUGUGUUGCUCCUGCGGCGUGAAGGGGAAGCGGCCAGUCAGAAAAUGGGUAAGAAGAGUCGAGUAAAAACCCAGAAAUCAGGUACUGGUGCUACAGCAACUGUAUCACCGAAGGAAAUCUUGAACCUGACCAGUGAACUGCUACAGAACUAGUAAGUUAAAUUGAAGGAGAGAAGUGUUUCAGUAUCAUAGCUCUUAUGUUACAGAAUGCAGCAGUCCUGCACCUGGCCCGGGAAAAGAAUAGGAAGGGUAUGCGCAGAUUCGGUCUCUAGUUGAGAAAAUAAGGAAAAAGCAAAAAGGUCUGUCUAUUACUUUUGAUGGAAAAAGAGAAAAUUACUUUCCUGAUCUAAUGAAAUGGGCCUCUGAAAAUGGGGCUUCUGUCGAGGGUUUCGAAAUGGUUAACUUUAAAGAAGAAGGCUUUGGUUUGAAAGCAACAAGAGAUAUCAAGGCAGAAGAAUUAUUUUUGUGGGUUCCACGAAAAUUACUAAUGACCGUUGAAUCUGCUAAAAAUUCAGUGUUGGGGCCCUUAUAUUCUCAAGACUGAAUUCUGCAAUCUAUGGGAAACAUCGCAUUGGCCUUUCAUUUGCUGUGUGAGCGAGCCAGCCCUAACUCCUUCUGGCAGCCCUACAUUCAGAGUCUUCCCAGUGAAUAUGACACUCCCCUCUACUUUGAAGAAGAUAAAGUUUGGUAUCUUCAGUCAACACAAGCUAUACAUGAUGUCUUCAGCCAGUAUAAAAAUACAGCUCGACAGUAUGCCUAUUUUUAUAAAGUUAUUCAGACCCAUCCUCAUGCCAACAAACUGCCCUUGAAGGAUUCUUUCACUUAUGAGGACUACAGGUGGGCAGUCUCUUCUGUUAUGACACGACAAAACCAAAUUCCCACAGAAGACGGUUCCCGGGUGACCCUGGCUCUGAUUCCUUUGUGGGACAUGUGUAAUCACACCAACGGCCUGAUUACCACUGGGUACAACCUGGAGGAUGACCGUUGUGAGUGUGUUGCUCUGCAGGACUUUCGGGCUGGAGAACAGAUUUACAUUUUUUAUGGCACUCGGUCAAAUGCAGAGUUUGUGAUCCACAGUGGUUUUUUCUUUGACAAUAACUCACACGACAGAGUGAAAAUAAAGCUUGGAGUGAGUAAAAGUGACAGGCUGUACGCCAUGAAGGCUGAGGUCUUGGCUCGAGCUGGCAUCCCUACUUCCAGUGUUUUUGUGUUGCACUUUACGGAGCCGCCCAUCUCUGGCCAGCUUCUGGCAUUUCUCCGGGUAUUCUGCAUGACCGAAGAAGAAUCAAAAGAACGUUUGCUAGGAGACAAUGCUAUUGAUAGAAUCUUCACCUUGGGCAACUCUGAAUUUCCUGUUAGCUGGGACAAUGAAGUCAAACUUUGGAUAUUUCUGGAAGAUAGAGCCUCACUUCUUUUAAAAACAUAUAAAACAACUAUUGAGGAAGAUAAAUUCGUCUUGAAAAACCAUGACCUUUCUGUUCAUGCAACAAUGGCUAUCAAAUUGCGCUUAGGUGAAAAAGAGAUUUUGGAAAAAGCAGUUAAGAGUGCAGCUGUCAACCGGGGAUACUACCGCAAACAGAUGGAGGAAAAGGCUCCGCUUCCCAAAUAUGAAGAGAGUAACCUUGGACUAUUGGAGAGCAGCGUGGGGGACUCGAGGCUCCCCCUAGUUUUGAGAAACCUGGAGGAGCCUGGAGUGCAAGAAGCCUUGAACAUCAAAGAGGCCAUCAGCAAGGCAGAGGCUACAGAGAAUGGGCUGGUAAAUGGUGAGAACAGUAUCCCCAAUGGGACCAGAUCUGAAAAUGAAGAUUUAAAUCAAGAAGAAAAUAAAAGAGCAGUUGAAGACGCCAAAGGAUCUUCUUCAGACAGCACUGAUGAAGUUAAAAAGUAGCUCUGAGAUGAAGCUCGAGCU